CCCAAAAAGCCUUAAUGGAGCAUUUGCUUCCUCGGCUAUAAAGUAUCAGUCUCUGCAUUUGUAAAACCCUAAACGCUUGGCUUAUUUGUUUUGCGCAGCCACUGGAUUAGCGAAGCUCCCUCUUUUCUUCAUCUUCAAAAGAUUCUAAAGCAUCAUGGGUAAGGAAAAGAUUCACAUCAGUAUUGUGGUCAUUGGCCACGUCGACUCUGGAAAGUCGACCACCACGGGUCACUUGAUCUACAAGCUUGGUGGUAUUGACAAGCGUGUUAUUGAGAGGUUUGAGAAGGAAGCUGCUGAGAUGAACAAGAGGUCAUUCAAGUAUGCCUGGGUGCUUGACAAACUUAAGGCUGAACGUGAGCGUGGUAUCACCAUUGAUAUUGCUUUGUGGAAGUUUGAGACCACUAAGUACUAUUGCACUGUGAUUGAUGCCCCUGGACACAGGGACUUUAUCAAGAACAUGAUCACUGGUACCUCCCAGGCUGACUGUGCUGUCCUCAUUAUUGACUCCACCACUGGUGGUUUUGAAGCUGGUAUCUCUAAAGAUGGUCAGACACGUGAACAUGCAUUGCUUGCUUUUACCCUUGGUGUCAAGCAAAUGAUUUGCUGCUGUAACAAGAUGGAUGCUACCACCCCCAAGUACUCCAAGGCUAGGUAUGAUGAAAUCGUGAAGGAAGUUUCUUCCUACCUCAAGAAGGUCGGUUACAACCCUGACAAAAUCCCAUUCGUCCCCAUCUCUGGUUUUGAAGGAGAUAACAUGAUUGAGAGGUCUACCAAUCUUGACUGGUACAAGGGCCCAACCCUCCUUGAUGCUCUUGACCAGAUUAAUGAGCCCAAGAGGCCAUCAGACAAACCCCUCCGUCUUCCACUUCAGGAUGUUUACAAGAUUGGUGGUAUUGGAACUGUCCCUGUUGGUCGUGUAGAGACUGGUGUGAUCAAGCCUGGUAUGGUUGUGACCUUUGGCCCUACUGGUUUGACAACUGAAGUCAAGUCUGUAGAGAUGCACCACGAAGCUCUCCAGGAGGCACUCCCUGGUGACAAUGUUGGGUUCAACGUUAAGAAUGUUGCUGUUAAGGAUCUAAAACGUGGUUUUGUUGCCUCAAACUCCAAGGAUGACCCAGCUAAGGGGGCAGCCAGCUUCACUGCCCAGGUCAUCAUCAUGAACCAUCCUGGCCAGAUUGGAAACGGAUAUGCACCAGUGCUCGACUGCCACACUUCCCACAUUGCUGUCAAGUUUGCUGAGAUCUUGACCAAGAUUGACAGGCGUUCAGGUAAGGAACUUGAAAAGGAGCCUAAGUUCUUGAAGAAUGGUGAUGCAGGUAUGGUUAAGAUGAUUCCCACCAAGCCUAUGGUUGUUGAGACUUUUGCUGAGUACCCACCAUUGGGUCGUUUUGCUGUGAGGGACAUGAGGCAAACUGUUGCUGUCGGUGUUGUCAAGAACGUUGACAAGAAGGACCCAACUGGUGCCAAGGUUACCAAGGCUGCCCAGAAGAAGGGAAAGUGAACACUGCAGUUUGAUGCUGGUGAGGAGGUGCAUUUGAUGAGCAUGGAUGAACUAGUUUUGUUUAUUUGCACAAGUUUUUUACAAUUUUGUUUUGGACAACAUUUUACCAGUUUUGGGUAUAGCUACAGAAGCUUUUGUCAUGGUUCUCUAGCCUCUUAUGUGGACCGUGGAGUAAUUGAGCAAUUUGGUCCUGUCCAAGUUGCUUGAUGGGCAAUGACAAUAGCUCUCUGGUGGUUAUUUCUUUACCUGGUUUUAUUUUAUGAUGAGCUUUUAGUCGGUCACUACUAAACUUAUUUAAUUUACUGUGAAAUUUGAGAAUAUUUUCUCUUUUGCCAUGCA